CUCUCCAGUACAUUUUCUGCUCAUAGGUCUGUUUUGUAGUGUUAAAAAAAGCCCCAGCUCGGGGUUAGUGUUGUCUCACCGGCAGAAGAUGAAGCUUUGUGUAUCUUUAGUUCUGUAGAACUUUAUCAGCUAUUUCGUCUUAGAUUGUUCAAAGACCACGAUCAUGUCGCCGCCAGAUGGCUACUCCAUCAACACGGGCCCCUCAGACGAGAGCGAGGACAGCGAGCCUCUCAUCAAGAGCGGUGCAGUUCCUCCUCAGUGCUGUUCUGCUCGCCUCAACCUCGCCAUGCUCAUGUUCCUCGGCUUCUCUGUGGUCUACGGUCUCCGGGUUAACCUCAGCAUUGCUAUGGUAGCCAUGGUAAACAGCACCGAUCCUGAAAUCGUAGAUAACAGCUCUGUGGCCCACGCCUGCCCGCUGCCGGCGAGGCCAGAAAACACCAGCGAAGCUCUGCAGCAACCAGAGGGGACCCCUCAGUACCCCUGGGAUUCAGAGACUCAGGGCUGGCUGCUUGGAGCCUUCUUCUUCGGCUACCUCUGCACGCAGAUCCCAGGGGGCUACCUCGCUGGUCACUACGGGGGGAAAAUCUUCCUCGGCCUGGGUGUGUUGGGCACAGCUGCCCUAACCCUCCUCACCCCUCUGGCUGCCAAGUGGGGGUCGUACUGGUUGUUUGCACUGCGAGCCUUGGAAGGCGUUGGGGAGGGUGUGACCUUUCCAGCCAUGAUGGCGAUGUGGGCUCGGUGGGCUCCUCCUCUGGAGCGUUCUCGCCUGAUGACCCUGUCAGGGUCUGGGGCCAACUUUGGGGCCUUUGUGGCCCUGCCGCUCACCGGCUUCAUCUGCCAGAAGCUGGGCUGGCCCGCUGUCUUCUACUUGUGUGGGGGCGCUGGUUGCUUCUGGGCAGUCCUCUGGUUCCUGCUGGUUUCUGAUGACCCUCGCACUCAUCGUCGGAUCAGCGAAGAGGAGAGAGAUUACAUCGUAAACUCCAUCGGACCUCAGGGUACAGGUCACGGCUGGAAUGUGCCUCUGCUGCCGAUGCUGUGUUCUGUCCCCCUGUGGGCCAUCAUCAUCACCCAGAUGUGCUCCAACUGGGCCUUUUACACUCUGCUCACCUCCCUGCCCACCUACAUGAGCAACAUCCUGCACUUCGACCUGCAGUCGAAUGGCUUCCUGUCCGCUGUGCCGUACCUCGGCAGUGUAGCAGCGGCCCUGCUGUCGGGUGUCGUCGCAGACUUCCUCAUCGAGAGGAACGUGUUCAGCGUCACUGUCGUACGCAAGAUCUUCACACUGACCGGUCUGCUGCUGCAGGCGGUUUUCCUCACAGCUGUCAGUUACGCCGGCUGCGACCACAUCCUCACCGUCACCUUCCUCACACUCUCCAGCAGCUUAGGAGGGACCAGCGCCCCCGGAGUCUACAUCAACCAGAUAGACAUCGCUCCUCGGUAUGCAGGAUUCCUUCUGGGAAUCACCAACACGUUCGGGACGGUUCCAGGCGUCGUGGCGCCAAUCGUGACCGGAUACUUCACCGAAGACCACACCCUGGCAGGCUGGAGGAAGGUGUUCUGGGUCGCCGCUGGGAUUAACACCGGUGGCGCCCUCUUCUACACCAUAUUUGGCAGCGGGAAGGUCCAACCGUGGGCCGUCACGUAUGAAAGUUAAUCUUGCACUUAAUUAUUUGUAACGGCACGAGGCAAUCUUAGGAUAUUUUCUAUUUGCAACUACAUAAUAUGUAAACAAACAGGAUUUUCAAACAUGUUAAACUUGCUCCGUAAACAUUUUUGCAUUUGUGGAUCAGAUUUUACACAGUGGUGUGUCUACCACACCAGACCUGUGACAAUAAAUAAUAAAUAAGAACAAGAAGUAUAGAUGUGCACAAAUAUGUAUUUAUGUUGUGCAGUCACAUCCAGAAAAAUACAGAGCAAUAUUCAAAUGAAUUUCUAACUGGAAAUGUAUGUCAAAUUCACGUAAAAGUAAUAAGAUGUUAUACGAAUAUAAAUACUUUGACCACUGAAAUUCAUGCAAAGUGAAUUUCAUGCAUCUACAGAUUGAUGUGAACACAUGAAACAAGUUUCACAUGUUUGUAAAUCAUUUCCAGUCACUGUGUGGGCAUGAAGACGACGAGCAGGUCUACCUCGCACAUACUAACCAAGCAGAAAAAUGACAUUACAACACAGCUGAUUUUUAGAGAAGUGUGUUAAGAGUUCUACCUCUUUGACAAUAUCUACCGCAUUUGCUGUGAACUCCACAAACAAAUCAUUUUGACCAAAAAAUAGCAUUUUUAUCAUUGUUACAGUUUCUGCUUUGUUUUUAUCUGUAAUUUUUAUUUUUAUUAAAUAACACAAAAAAAGACUUUAAACAUUAGAGAGUAGUUUUACUACUUCAAAAUCUAAUUUAUUGCAAAAUUAGCAGAUUAUAUUCUGCUGCAUUUUAAUUAUAUGUGUUUAAUGGUGCUUUCUGAGCACGUUAGUGUUGGCUGACCGUGUGCUGCAAACGUUUCCACCAACAAACAAAAACCUUCCAACUUUUUUGCCUGUUAUGGUCAAAAAGGGAAACUGAGCUUUACAAGAUAUCCAUCCAAAUGAUCGGUAUAAUGCAUUCACACUUUCUUUAAAGGGGCAAAAAGUGAAAUCGUUUCACUGCAACAAAGUGCAAUGAGCUACACUUCCCUCUACCUCUUCCCUGACCCCCGACUCGCCUGGUCUGCGAACGAAUGUGCAGCAUGCAAACACACUGAGCAAAACAACAUCACCAUUUUGCAGAACAUGUUGAGGAGGAGAGCUAACUCUGCCAACUACCGUAGUUCUUUUUUAGAUGUAAUCAUAAAUCCUGGUUGUCUGCAGGUAAAUGUUUUGUUCCGCUCUCCACCAUUUAAAAAUAUGUGCUGCCAUCACUCAUUGCUGUAGCCUUUCAUAGGGAGGGAGGGCCGAAGGCUCAGAGAGGAGAGAGGAGAGGCGGUUCACAUGAGCGUACAUGAACAUACACUGGACCGGCUGGUAAAUCAACACACAGAGAAUACUCCCGAUGAAUUUACACCUUUAGUUCUUCACAUAGCCAGUUUGUAAUUCCUUCCAUCUACAAAUGAUGAAUUUCUACUUAUUGCCCCUUUUAAGAAUAAAAAAGACAUUUAAUGUUUCAUGUGGUUCCAGCUUCCCUGCGACCCUUAAUUGGACAAAGCAGGAUGGAUGGAUGGGUGGAUGGGUGGAUGGAUGGAUGGAUGGAU